AUGGCAGCUCCUAAGAUUGUCUUCUACUUCGACACUGUGAGCCCUUUUGCUUACAUUGCUUACUAUGUUUUCCGUCACGACCCUGUCUUCGCCGAGUGUAACAUCACCUAUGUGCCCAUCCUCCUCGGUGGGCUGUUCAAGAUGUGCAGCAAUACAGCUCCCAUCAUGAUCAAAAACAAGGACAAGUGGAUUGACAGGGAGCGUCAAAUUUGGGCAUCAGCAUUCGACGUCCCAAUGCACCAAGAAAGGCCACCCAACUUCCCACCUCGCACCCUGCCCAUCAUGCGAGCACUUGCUGCGCUGGGAAGCACGAGCCAAAGCAGUCUCACUUCCGCGCUUGACGCCUUGUGGGAGGAAUUCUUCGUGCACCACGCCCGGACAGAGGAACCAGCCGAACUGAGGCGCAAUUUGUCAAAGGCGCUCGAGUCGCAAAGCCUUGCUGACGAGAUACUACGCAGAGCCGCCAGCGACGAUGCAGACGGGGGCAAAGCAACAUUGACAGCAAACACCGAGAAGGCAUUUCGUGAUGGAGCAUUUGGGGUGCCCUGGCUGGUUUGCACAAGGAGCGAUGGGCAGCAGGAGUCAUUCUGGGGUGUUGAUCACCUAGGCCGGCUUGCCGCCUUUCUCCAGCUGGACAAGCCUGCGACUGGAAAGUGGAAAUCGCUGCUUUGA